AUGGACUCAUCAGCGCGCAAACGCAAAGCGUCCGCGUCCAACGCGACCGCAUCCGAAGGGGCAUCGUCGAAGAAGAUCAAGUUGCUGAACUCCAACCCGGCAUCCAAGCAGAACUCAGCACCGGACGUGCAGCAGGUUGGCUACAAGCUGCUCGAGUACCUGGGCAGAGCUACCGACAAGACCGGCCAUGCGAUCGCAGGCGCGUUCCUCGUACUACCACCGCGCGAUGAACUGCCAGACUACUAUCAACAGAUCAAGCUGCCAGUGGCACUCGACAUCAUCAAGAAGAAGCUGGAUCAGAAUGCCUACCCAACCGUCACCACCCUCGAAAGCGACAUGAAGCGCAUGAUCCAGAACGCCAAAGACUACAACUUGCCCAAGAGCGAAGUGUAUGAAGAUGCAGAGAGGAUACGCAAGCUCGUCUACAACUACAUGAAGCAGCACAAUCCUGCAUACAACGACCCGUCUUACACUUCGUUCGCCACUCCCAUACCAGACGGCCCACCGCCGCUGCCAACUCUCAAGCUCACGAAUGGUGCAGCACGGCAGACUGAGCCUGUCAAGCAUGAACGCGAGAGCAGAGACGGUAGUGUCAAGCCCAGGCACUCCACUGCACCGAAAGCAUCCGAGCCACCCUCAGAGAGAAAGUCCUCAGUAGCACCAAGUGCGGCGCCAACCACGGGUGACGCAGAUGAUGAGAGCAUGGACUUCACAGGCAAAACUUUCCAGGAAGCACAGGAAAUGAUCAUUGCAGAGUGCAUUCGCUACACCGACGAUGAGGGCGAGGCCAUCUUCUACCCUUUCGUGAACCUCCCCUCCCGGAAGCUCGAAGAUUACUACAAGGUCAUACGACAUCCAGUCUGCCUUAAAAUGCUUCAAAAACGAAUCAAUGGCAUCCAUGGACGUGCACCUCCAACCGGCGUGACGGACUACAAGACAUGGGAUGCAUUCGAGGAAGAGACCAGCUUCAUCUGGAAGAAUGCAAGAGUUUACAACGAAGAUGGUAGCGACAUGUACACACUCGCAGGAGAACUUGAAGAACACUUCAAGUCUCGACUUGCUGAGGCGAAGGAGAAGGUGGAAGAGCCAGCAGCAGCACGAAUCAGGCUUGGUGGUCCAAAGCCGCCACAAACAACAGCAGCACCCAAGUCUGGCAUCACACUUAAUCUGGGUCAGCACCGCAACUCGCCAACACCCGGCGUGAGCGUGGACAACGAAGCCUUAGCACGACAGCGGGCAAUGGUGUCAGCGGGUGUCAACGGCCAGCAGACACAGUCGCGGCCUGCUCCCCAUGUCAACGGCAUGGCCAGAUCAUCCUCACAGCUAUCCAACACAGAUGCGCCACGGCCUGCGAGCAACGCCAAUGCGACCAGCCCCUCUGGCGCCAAUGUCAAGUAUGAGAAGAUGUCCACACUGUCGCCAGCGCCAGCACAAUCGACCGCGGCUGGGGCCAUACAACCCAUCACCAAUGGCAUGAUGCCACCACCAGUCCUGCGACCCACAAGCAGCAGCCCAUACCCGACGGCGCCAGGCUACCCGGGUGUGACCAGCUAUCAUUACACUGCGCCGGCACUACUUCCCCCGACGCCAGUGCGAUCGUACCCAGCAUCUGAUGCGUUACUCCCUGUUGUCAGCAUAUCAACACAUCCACAGCUCUCGAAGGUUCAGUACAGGGAGAAAAUUCUGCCACAUCCAACGCUCUCGCACCAGAGCACGACCAUCACGCUGCCUUCAACACACUAUUGGCUGCAGAUCGCACCUACGAUCUCGCGCGAGCUGUCUAUGGGACGUGCUUACAAAGUGUUUGUGAGCGUCAAUGGAAGUCGUAUGACUCAACGGGAUACCCAGUAUCAUACGGAUGACGGCACGCGGACGCAUAUCUACGAAGGAAGCUUGGCAUCGGGUGUAAACAGGAUCGAGGUCGAGGUCGUGGCAGCGAAACCCAACGAAGAGAAAGGGUUGGACAUUGAGAAGGUCACUGUGUUUGCCAAUCUGACUCGGCCAUAG